CGCGCGCUCACAAACACACACACUUGGCUGAAAGUCUCUGAGUUGUUGCUCAGGCCAGAAGAGAGCAAGCAGAAGGAACAGAGCAGAAGCAGAAGAACGCAAACAAGUUCUCUAGAUUAACACACGAAAAGAAAGAAAACCAGAAACGCACCUUUUUACCUCCGAUUUUUAAAAGAUGCGGACUGAUUACUGUAUUUAUUUAAGAUCUUUUGUCCAGCAUAUGACGAAUUGGAGGUUCUGAAACUGGAUUUUACAGAAGGGACUCAUUGGAGUACAUAGUUUUCUUUUAUUUGUUUUUCUUGGAUUAUCAAAAUGCGCAUUUUCUUUAGUGAUGUCCAAAAGUCGGCCGACGUUUGGAGCGCAAACGAGAGGAGAUCCUCUAUUGGAGUAAAAACUAUUCUGGAGUUUUGCGUCCAGUACUAGUGCGCUCUCUCCCUCUCUCUCUCUCUCUCUCUCUCUCUCUCUCUCGUUUUCCGGAUCCUUGUUUUUGCAAGUUUUCACGUUUUCCCCCCCUUUUUCUGCGUGAAGGCAUGCGGUGCGCACGGGGCGCGUGGAAGGAUGCAGCUACUUCUGCUUGUACAAUGGAGAUGAAGAGCACUUUAGCAGCCGUGCUUUUACUUUUGUUUGUACUCUUUUGUCCUGCUUGUAGCCAAGAACUCAAUCCGAAAGGACGGAACGUGUGCAGGGUAUCAGAGUCUCCAGGGUUUGCGUGUUGCAGUGGAUGGGCACAACAAGGAGACGAGUGUUUGACACCUCUCUGCGAGGGCAAUUUCACUUGCAAGGAGAACGAGGUGUGUGUCCGACCGAAUGAGUGCCGCUGCCGCCAUGGAUAUUUUGGAGCGAGCUGUGACACCAAGUGUCCUGCUCAAUUCUGGGGUCCCGACUGCAAAGGCAAAUGCACAUGUCACCCUAACGGCAAGUGCGAUGAUGUAACGGGCAAGUGCACAUGCCACCCAAAUCGCUGGGGGGAGAACUGUGAGAAACCAUGCCCCUGCCAGAAAGGCAAGUGUGACCAGGAGACUGGCAAGUGCACGUGCCAUGCCGGUUUUUGGGGUCCGCACUGCAGCAACAACUGCUACUGUAGCCUAAACUCAGUAUGUGACCAGAGCACAGGCCGCUGCCUCUGCUCUCCAGGGUGGUAUGGGCGUAACUGUGGUGCCCAGUGUGCCUGCAACAACUCACCAUGUGAGCAGUUCACCGGGCGAUGCCAAUGCCGUGACCGUCUGUGGGGCCCGAACUGUGAACGCUACUGUCAGUGCGUGCAUGGGAAAUGCAACCAGGCAGAUGGAUCCUGCACCUGCAAACCAGGCUACAGGGGCAAAUUCUGCAGGGAGCCAUGUCCUGCAGGGUUUUAUGGACAGAACUGCAGGAACAAAUGUGGUCACUGUAAGGGUCAGCAACCAUGUAAGGUCACAGAAGGACGCUGUGUUACCUGCGAAAAAGGCUGGAAUGGCACCAAGUGUGAUCAGAUGUGUGCGCCAGGUUUUUUCGGAGAGAACUGCAAAGAUGAGUGUCCACCGUGUAAAGAUGGCCACUUCUGCAAUCGCAUUGACGGGAAGUGCUCCCACUGUAAUCCUGGCUGGAUAGGAGAUCGCUGUGAGGUUCGCUGUCCCAAUGGUACCUACGGGGAGAACUGUGAGAAUGACUGCAGUCACUGUUUUAAUGGAGAAUGUCACUUUGCUACAGGAGAGUGCCUCUGUGAUCCAGGCUUUUAUGGGACUUUCUGCAAUCUGACUUGUGAGUCGGGCCAGUUUGGGGUGAACUGCGCACAAACCUGUCCUUGCCAUGAUAAAAACUGCAACCCUGUGUCUGGAGCCUGCAAUUUGUAUCCUAACCAGCGGAUGGGUGUGAUCGCUGCAGGCACUCUGGUGUCCUUACUGCUGAUCAUCCUGCUCUCUCUGCUCUGCUGCUGCUGUCUCUGUAGCAACAAAGACUGUAAUAGUGCAGACCGGGAAACUUCAACCGGCAGUAAGAAGGCCAAGAGGAUCCUGUGUGGACGAUUUAGCCGAAUCAGCACCAAGCUUCCAAGAAUCCCUCUGCGGAGACAGAAACUCCCCAAAGUUGUUGUAUCUCGCCACGAUCCAGAAAACACCUUUGAUUGCAGUUUCAUAGAGCCCCCAUCUGCCACCGAGCAUCAGACUCCAUCCUGGUCCUCCCAGGAAUCCUUCUCCUCUUUUGAGACAAGUGAAGAUGGCCCAGUUUACUGUGUACCCCAUGAAGAUACCAUAAAUGAGGGCAAUGCAAGACCCAGUCCCAAUUGCACUACAGAAAAUCUUGCGGCUAGUAACGAGGAUGAUGCUGGAGAAUACACCUCACUCAAGGACACAAGAGCAACAACAAAGCCUGUCAACGAUGGAAGCGAGCAGCCACUGCUAAAGUCAGACAGUGAAGGCUCCACAAGUGGGUCAGAGUCAGCUAUCGGAGCUCUUUAUGCCCGAAUUGCCCGUCUCUCUAAGAAUUCCAAAGAGGAGGAGGACAACAGCACAGCUGAGACCAAAGCCAGUGACAAAGCCACAUCCCCUGAGAAGACCAAGCCCCGGCCACCAGAUCCCUCUACGAAACCAAAGGUUUCUUGGAUCCAUGGAACUUCUGGAGCCAUUCAAACAGAGAAGGGCCAGGCACCUUCCCCACCGAAAGAGAAGAAAAGAACCACAAAAGAGGUUUCUGAAAAAGGGGAGGAGAAGCACCGAUCAAAGGAAAAGUCAAGCAAGAAAUGUGAGCAGAGGAAUCAAGAUAGCAAGGUUGAUGGGAAUGAUUCCCACAAAGCCCACAAAGCUUCAGACCCUAUUGAACAUAUCAAUGGAGCUGUCCAGAAUGCUUUAAAGAAAAUUGGUAACUUCCACUCAGAUAGGAAAGGUAGUGACACUACCAAGGAGCCACCCAAGAGUCCAAAGAUCAUGCAUCCUCAUAUAAACUCAGAGGCGGCCACUCUUCUCGCUGCCCAGCUCAAAGAGAAGACCCAGAGCCUCAAUCGCAAUGAAGGCCUUUCCGUUGGAAUCAAACCCAAUGGGGUUUCCACCCCCCAGGCCAACAGGGAGAAGCCCACGCCACCCCAGAAAGCCAAGCGAUCAGUGACUGGAGCCAACAAACCCCUUCUACCAACCUCCAAUAAUCUUCAGAAGAUGAUGGCUCCUGUAACAGACUCUUCCACCCCUGAGCCACAAAGCCCAGAAAUGCAGGCCAUAAACGGGACCCAGAUAGGAGAUGCAGGCGAUGCUACGCCAAAGAAAACACCCAUUAAAAAACCACCUAGGAAGAAAGGCAAGGAGACAACCUCAGAGACAGAACCUAAGACCACUCCAAAAAUGGCUAUUAUGCCACCUCAGAUAGUCAAAUAGACAAUUAAUUUAAAAAAUAACUGGGGCUGACCAUGCAGUGACUGCCUGAAAGGAAUGAAGCCUUUGAUUUAAUCAUUUCUUGUCUCAUGUUCAUGAUAAACAAACCGUUGGAUGACAAUCAGAUGGAAUUUCUGCAUAAUGGGUAUAUUGUUCUGCAAGUGUCUUUUUUUUUUUUUUUUUUUUUAGAAAUCUUUUGAUGUCCAGGACUCGCUUGGAGAAGGAACAGUCACUGGUUAACACAUUGUGCCUUGAAAGGGACAGUUGUAGUGCUUGUACAGAUUUAAACAAAAUUCACAGUUGUAUAGUAGGUGAAAUUUUAUUUUAUAUAAUUUUAUACAUCUGCAUUUACCAAGAUGCAUACCAUCUUCAUGUGCAUCUUCAUAUUGAUUCUGUCUUUCCAUUUUUUUUACGCGUUGUGGAAAAAAAACAUAUUGUCCGCAAUACGAGCAACGUAUGAACUCUUUGCAUAUGUGAAUACAAUGGUACUAUUGUUAGUCAUAGUGUUUGGACACAAGCAGCUCUCCCACAAAUAUAAGACAUUUAAGACAUUCUGUCAUUCUGUUACAGUCUUGUGUUGAUGUCUACAUAUUUCUCACAACUAUAUUUCAAAGUGUAAUUAAUUAUAUCAGGUGAAACUUGUAAAACUUGACCAAAGAUGGCACAAACAUACCAAAAACAUAUGCUAAACAGUUUCUCUCAGCUAUAAAAUGUUGAAUUGUGGCAUUGAUGUUUUAGCAAACAGAUUAGGGUUCGUACAAUGCCUCUGGGACAUUUAUGAAUGACAGAGAAACCAUUAAUACUGCAAUUCAUGCUGCUGUUAAAGAACAUAGAAAGUCAUUCUAUUUGCUUAUCCUACCAUGCUCUUAUUAUUUGAAUCGCUUAGACUUUCUGAGAUGUCUAGGUCAAACUAUUUGUGGUUUUUUUCAGUAGUAAAGGAUUUAAUAGCGGCAUAGAGCACAUUGUGAGGUUUAUGUUGCCUCAGCUCCAGUCACAGCAUAUGGACAACAGACCACGGACUGGCGAGAGAUUGAUAGACGGUGUCGCGUUACAGUUACACAAACAAGUCUGGUGCUUUGCUAGUGGGCGAAAUAUCAGAAAACGGAUUAACAGCCAACAAACUCAGCUAGUGGUUAUUUUUAAAAGUAAAGUUUUUGGUUGUGCUGUUUAUUGGGAUCCACAAUAAUUCCACAUCUGAUUCCCAGGACUGUCAAUCUCUUUACCAAUGAGUGCAGCUUACUAUAUUUUAUGGAUUUAUAAUGUACAAUGUAUUUACAUAUCGAUUUAACCCUUUACACGCAUCCAAAAAUGCAUCAACUGGAUGUGUAUAAAGCAGAGAACAUCAUUAUAUGCCAGUAUCCUCAUUUACAGCAAGUACAAAACAUAUGUCGGUUUGGAGUUCAGUCAUCAAUAAUCGUCGAAGCAUCGUCUAUUCAGGGUAGUACUAUUUAAUCAGUGUUUUUUGUUUAAUUAUCAAACAAGAAAGUUUCUCAUAUAAAUAAUAGGAAAUAAUGAUACUUGAGUAGACAAAUUGAGUCAGUAUAUAAGAAAUAAAACAUUUGGGGUUUGCCGUCAUAGGAAAAUAAGCACUGAUGGUUUGGUGUGAUGUUCCCUAAUGCUGUUACUAUUAACUUAAAGUUUAUUGAAGAUUAUUUCCAUAAAAUAUCCCAAAAUCUGUUUAUAUGUCAGCAAACAGAACACAAAUAAAUUAAUAAUUGAAGAAUGAAUUGUCAGACAUUUAUAAUUCCAUUUAAUAUCAUGGAACAUUCAGAAAACAAGUGGCUUCCUGGUAACACUUUUGUUAUAGCAGCUACUGUAUAAAUACGCUUUCCAUCACAAUCCUUGAUUAUUUCUCUCACUUUUAAGUUAAAAAUAAAACCAAAAAAAAAAAAAUAAAUGCAGCUUGUCAUCUUGAUUUUAACAAGAAACCAGAAAGCCCUCUUGUCCUUAAGACUUUAUCUGCCAAGCGCUGACACUGGAGACUACUUUCAAAAAAAAGCUAAAUAAACUUUAUAAAUAUUUUUUAUGUUUAUAUGACGCAUCCACUAUUCAAAUCCCUGAGUAAGUAGUUAUUACAGAAAGGAAAAUAUAUUAUAAUGAGCACAUUAAUAGAAAUCUGACCAUUUUCACACUGUUAUAGAACAUCCAAAGAUCCACAUUCAAUAAUAAUAAUAAUAAUAAUAUUCGCUGUUUUGUGUUUUUUUAAAUAAAACAUUCUUCAAUUUAGCUAAAUAAAACAACUGAAGCGUAAUCAAACCUGAAAAAAGCUAUUAGUGUUUUUUAAUAUUUAAUAAUAUUUAAAUAUUUCAUGCCUUUAAGCCUUAAAGCACUUGUAGGUUAUUCUCAGAUCAGACUGGGAAUAAACUGAUGUAAUAGAUGACAGUGGCGGAAAGAAGCGUUUUGAAAACUGGACAGUUUUGUAGUUUUAUAUAUAAAUGUAUUGGCUCUGGUUGUUGUGUUGGAUGUUUAAUGAAAGCAAGCAAUAUUAUUGAAAUUUGAUGUACAGUAAGGAUUUUUUUUAUUACCGUCAAUCUUUCUAUUAAAUGGUACAACGAAUUUUCUUUUUUAUAAUGGUUAUUUUUCUACAUUGCAACAUAUUUUGUAAUAAUAUUGUUAUCUAUGUUUGUAAGCUGUGCUUAUAUAACGUAUAUAUAAUAUUUUGCUCUUUCUUUUCGAUUUGUGUCAAAUGAACUGGCUUUCAAAUUUGAUACUUUUUUUAACCCGCUUUUUACAUUCAAGCAUCAGGUACAAUCGUAUACGUAUGAACUCUUUACUUAGAAUGUGUUGUUUUUGUCCUGUUUCUCUGUGGAUGUUAUUGUUUUAAACAGUAAAUCAUAUGAUGCAGAGAUCAGUGAGAGAUCAGUUUCGUCAAUGCUUAAAACCUGAGGUCCAAUGAUUGAUGACAAAGAACAUGUUUUGAUGUUUUUGCCCAGACCCUGAAACUGUCCCAGCUGCAGGAAUAAGCCUGAGACGUGUGUCAGAACUGUUUUGCGCUCUGACCGAGGCCUGCUCUGAAGCACGGCCCCGAAUCGGUCUGGAUCUCUCACUUCGUUUGUUCAGUGUUUGUUGUUAAUGUGUGGUUGUUCAGUUACCUUGUGUUGAAAUAAAAAAUUAAAACAGUA